AUGGAGAGUCUCUUCGCUCCCGCUCCUGAGCCUGCCACCCCACUGGGUCGGUACCGUGUGCUCUCAUCCACAGCCGGCGUCCGCGUCUCUCCCCUCCAGCUAGGUGCCAUGUCCAUUGGCGAUUCAUGGAGCCAGUUCAUGGGCAGCAUGAACAAAGAGCAAUCGUUUGCUCUUCUCGACGCCUUCGUCGCCGCAGGUGGCAACUUCAUCGACACAGCCAACAACUAUCAAAACGAGCAGUCUGAGGCCUGGAUUGGUGAAUGGAUGACUGCCCGCCAGAACCGCGACCAGAUGAUCAUCGCCACCAAGUUCACCACCGAUUACCGCAGCCACGCCCUCGGCAAAGGCAAUGCUCCCAACUCCUGUGGCAACCACAAGCGCAGCAUGGUCCUCAGUCUCCGAGACUCCCUCCGCAAAUUGCAAACCGACUUCGUCGACAUCCUCUACCUGCACUGGUGGGAUCACACCACCUCCAUUGAGGAAAUCAUGGACUCCCUGCACACCCUUGUCGAGCAAGGCAAGGUCAUGUACCUCGGUAUCUCAGACUCACCCGCGUGGGUGGUUUCUGCUGCGAACACGUACGCACGCGCGCACGGCAAGACCCCAUUCUCUAUCUAUCAGGGACGUUGGAACGUCAUGCGCCGAGACUUUGAGCGCGACAUCCUACCCAUGGCGCGGCACUUCGGCAUGGCCCUUGCGCCGUGGGAUGUGCUCGGCAGUGGACACUUCCAGACUGCGAAGCAGAUUGAAGCCCGCAAGCAGGCGGGCGAGGGACUCCGCAAUGUCUUUGGGGCUGAUCAGACGGAGGACGAGAGAAAGAUCUCCGAGGCGUUGGCGACCGUUGCUGCCGAGCAUGGUAUUGAGUCUGUGACUGCUAUUGCGUUGGCCUACGUGCUUAGCAAGGCGCCGAAUGUGUUCCCGCUUGUUGGUGGGCGCAAGAUCGAGCAUCUCCAUGAUAAUAUCCAGGCUUUGAGCAUUCGACUUACGGAGAAGCAGAUUGCCUUCUUGGAGUCGGCGACUACUUUCGAUAUUGGGUUCCCAGCUAACUUCAUUGGCGUUGAUCCUGCCGUGAGUGGCCAGCCACCCCUUUUGAUGGCUGCGUCUGCAACUAUCGAUUAUGUUGAAGCGCCUCGCGCUGUUGGUUACGGUCGUACCAACUAG